AGGACAUCGAUGGGGAUCGUUGGUAGGCAAAUUUGUCGAUUUGUUUUGUGAUUUUCUGUGUGAUUACGUGAGAGGGUUAAUUUCAGGGGUGUUACUUCAGGUGCGCUGACUUCAACUCCUUAAUAGAAGUUUUUAUUACAACAUCUUACUCAGUUGAUCUCCAAUUUUGACCAAGGUGAACAUGGUAUGGAAACUGAUCCUCUGAAGACAGACACCAUGUCAUAUGACUCUCUGGGGUCAUCUCAGAGUCUGUAGGCCGCCCGGGUUCGCAGCGCGGACGGCGUGCUCGCGCGGAUGGAGGGCCAGCAGUCGCCGGAGCGGGGCGCCAGUCGCCGCCGCUCGGAAGAUGGCCUGGCUGGGAUCUCCACCGAUGGCACGGUGCUGGAGCACGCGCUGCCAGAGAGUGACCGGGGCCUGGCACAGCACCACGGUCAUCAUGUGUUGUUCGCCGGAUUCCCAGGUGUGCCUGGCAAUGCCAGCGUGGAGAUGGAGCCGGAGGGGGAGCCGUUCGGCCAGUACGACGACUUCCAUACCAUCGACUGGCAACGCGAUCUCGCCAGGGAUCGAAUGCGCCAUAGGUACAUAGUGAAGAAGCGUCAGACGGGCUUUUUCGACCUGGUGCGCCAGUUUCACGACGCGUGGAGCGGCUGGCUGUGCGUGCUCCUGGUGGGCAUCGUGGCCGGCGGAGUGGCCGGAGUGAUCGACAUAGGGGCCAGAUGGAUGGAGGACAUGCGUUUCGGCAUCUGUCCAGAGGCGUUCUGGCUCAACAAGGACCAGUGCUGCUGGUCGUCCAACGAGACCUUCUUCGAGGGCGAUAACUGUUCUCAGUGGUACUCGUGGCCGGAGGUGCUGGGCGCCCAGCACGACAGCGCCGGCGGCUACGUGCUGGCCUACCUCUGUUACGUGGUCUGGGCGCUACUGCUCGGCCUACUGGCCGUCCGACUGGUGCGGACAUUCGCGCCGUACGCCUGUGGCUCCGGUAUUCCCGAGAUAAAGACGAUUCUGAGCGGUUUCAUCAUCCGUGGCUACCUGGGCAAGUGGACGCUACUCAUCAAGUCGGUGUGUAUGAUGCUGGCUGUGUCGGCCGGCCUCAGUCUCGGCAAGGAGGGCCCGCUGGUCCACGUCGCCUGCUGUAUCGGCAACAUCAUCGCCUACAUGUUCCCGAAGUAUGGCCGCAACGAGGCCAAGAAAAGGGAGAUCCUGUCGGCGUCGGCGGCGGCGGGCGUCUCAGUGGCGUUCGGCGCGCCCAUCGGAGGCGUGCUCUUCAGUCUGGAGGAGGCCAGUUACUAUUUUCCACUGAAGACCCUGUGGCGCUCGUUCUUCUGCGCUCUGAUCUCUGCGUUCAUCCUGAACUCGAUCAACCCGUUCGGGAACGAGCACUCGGUGUUGUUCUACGUGCACCACGAGCGGCCCUGGAUCUUCUUCGAGCUGCUGCCGUUCAUCUUCCUCGGCGUGCUGGGCGGUGUGAUUGGCGCCGCCUUCAUCCGCUCCAAUAUCUUCUGGUGCCGGUUCAGGAAGACCUCCCGGCUGGGCCAGUACCCGACCACCGAGGUGGUGGCCGUCACUCUGGCCACCGCGCUCCUGGCCUUCCCCAACCCCUACAGCAGGAUGCCCUCCUCCGAGCUCAUCAACGUGCUCUUCAACGACUGCGGGCCCUCGGAGGGCAUCGACCUCUGCGACUACAAGCGCAACUUCAGCAGCAUGAGUCAGGCUAUCGAGACCUCGGAGGCGGGCCCGGGCGUGUACACGGCCCUCUGGCAACUGGCCAUCGUGUUCGUCUUCAAGUUCCUCGUCACCAUCUUCACGUUCGGCAUGAAGAUCCCGGCGGGUCUGUUCAUCCCCAGCAUGGUGCUCGGAGCCACCAUGGGCAGAAUCGUGGGUGUCGGCAUGGAACAGCUGGCCAUCAACUACCCCAACUGGUGGGUGUUCAGCAGCGAGUGUACGGCCGGCGAGAACUGCAUCACCUCCGGCCUGUACGCCACCGUCGGCGCCGCCGCGGUGCUCGGUGGGGUCACCAGGAUGACCGUCUCACUGGUGGUUAUCAUGGUGGAGCUCACCGGCUCUGUCAGCUACAUCGUUCCCGUCAUGGCUGCCGUCAUGGCCGCCAAGUGGGUGGGAGACGCGCUGGGCCGCGAGGGCAUCUACGACGCGCACAUCUACCUGAACGGCUAUCCGUUCCUGGACAGCAAGGAGGAGUUUGACCACACCUCGCUGGCGGCCGAUGUAAUGGAGCCCAGGAACAACGUGCCCUUCAGCGUCAUAACGCAGAACUCGAUGACGGUCUCGGAGGUGGAGUCUAUGCUCAAGGAGACGGAGCACAACGGCUUCCCGGUGGUGGUCUCCAAGGAGUCCCAGUACCUGGUCGGCUUCGUGCUGCGGCGUGACCUCAACCUGGCGCUCGCCGGCGCUCGGCGGGACGGCGUGCCGGGCCAGUCGCUGUGCCUGUUCACGGCCGUGCCGACCGGCCAGUGGUCGGGCCCGCCGCCUCUGCAGCUGCGGCGCAUCCUAGACCUGGCGCCCAUCACCAUCACCGACCAGACACCGCUCGAGACCGUCAUCGACAUGUUCCGCAAGCUCGGACUGCGACAGACACUCGUCACGCACAACGGCCGCCUGCUGGGCAUCAUCACCAAGAAGGACGUUCUGCGGCACCUGAAGCACCUCGAGGUGGAGGACCUGGAGCAGGUGCCGUUCCACUAGCGACCCUCAUUCGGCUGGGGAUCCGGAGCCGCUGCUGCUCCACUAGCGUCACUCCUUCGGCCGGUGGUAGAGGUCCCUCCCGCCGCGAAGGUACGGCUGCGCUUCUGAGAGUGAGCUGCCCGGUCUGUGACUGACCCUGGGUGGGCCAGGGGUGGUCUACUUACGCCGGGUCCGCCAAAGCCGGGUCUGCUGGGCAGCCGGCCAGUGUUGGCUGGUCUGCGGUCGAUAGGCGUGCGUGGAUCAUCGUUAGCCUCAUUUGUCGGGGACCGGUGAUCGCAGAGGCCUGUACUCGCACCCCGUCGGCAGAGGUCGCUGCUGGGAGCCGCCGGUAGCUUUCCGGUCGCUCAGUGCUCGCUGGUCGUAUGGUGAGCGGCCACCCUGUGCUCGCUGGCUGUAUGUUGAGACGGUCGGAAGGGAGGGCGGUAUAUCGGCGAGGUCUGGUCCGCCCCGGCUGGUCUGUCAGUGGCGCGGUCUGGGAGUGUGUCCCGGUUGCCUAGAUAGGCCGGUGUGUAACAACCGCGGCUCGAUGCCCGGCCGAUUCAGAGUUUAGAUCCGUUGCAUGGGUCUGCUUCACCUCAGCUCAGUUGGUAGGUGGCUGGUGGGGCCGUGAUCUAACUACCCCUGCCGGGAACGAGUAGAGACAGCCACCGCCCCUGACGGCUACAAUUCACACAAACCCUCAAACACAGCGCAUACAGGCAGACACCUCGUAGCCACCUAGCUUUGUUUUAUUGUUUUAGGUGCGGGCUAACCUCCGCUGUCAGCGCGGCUGGUGUUGGCGCCGCGGUCGGCCGACCGUUCUCGAUGGUUAUACGGUUUACCAUGUGUUCAGUGGCCGGCUGCGCGUUGCAGCCGCUACCCCUCGCUGAAGUGGUUAGACACUGGUAGUCAUUUGGCUGCUGCCCGACGGCAGAUUAGUGAAACAUCUGAGGGUGGCCCCUCACUACAGAUCGUCACCAGCUGCAGCUAGUGUUUUCGGGUUCUGCGACACCUGAGCGAAUGUCAUUUCAGCGAACGACAUUUGAGCGAAACAUUUUCAGCGAUUAUCAAUUUAAGCGAUUGGCUUUUUCAGCGAUUGUCAAGUCGGCGAAUUCAAUCACAGCGAUUAUCAACUUAAGCGAGGACCAGAAUCAGCGAAACCAGAUUGAGCGAAUAUAUGGUGGUCAGUGGGAGACCAAUUGAGCGAUGCAGUUACAGCGAAUGACCGAACGCGACGAAAGUCAAUCAUUUGCUACUUUUCGGAAAUUAUUGCACCUCUUUACGCAUCAUUUGCAUUUUGAAGACACAUAUGUACAUCGGGCGACCAACAAGGGGUGCAUGGGAGGGAAAGGAGGCGGGCAAAAUUUGAUUUGAAAAUGCGGAACGAGAUAGGGUGACGGAAGGAAUGCCAAGGACCAAUAAUAAACUAGAGAGAUGGCACAGGGGAAUCCAGUCUAUGUUUCAGGGACCUCACCCAAAUAUCUGGACAUUCGUACGGUGCUUGGGGCAAGAACAAAUUUUACAACAUGGGGAACUGAUCCAAAUUCAAGCGGGGCAAUUUCGCGAAAAAAGCAAAAGCAAUAUUGAUCUCUGAACAAACGUUUGGUCACCAUUAUUGACAAAGAGCAGGGUGAGGUAGGGGGGGGGGGGUGAAAUUGAACCGUUGGAAUUUUUGACAAAUGUAGCAUUAAAUUUGGAGCUCAAUGUCUGACCUUUGAACGCGCGACAUCCGCUAUCCAGUUCCGGAUAACCAUGAGAAAUUCCGGAAACAUUCGUACGGAUACGCUCGUAAAAGAAAAAAAUCCACCGUUACAGGACGAUGAAAUGUUUCGCUGAACUAACAGUCGCUCAAAUUGUAGUCGACGAAAUAGAUGUCGCUGAAACAUAGCUUUCGCUAAAAUUGAUAAUCGCUAUAUUUGAUGAUCGAUGAACUUGAUAAUCGCUGAAUUGCCAUUCGCUGAAAAUGGUUCGCUCAAAUGACGUUCGCUCAAAUGACACUCGCUAAAGUCGCUCGCACCGGUGUUUUCGAUAUCAGGUUAAUCCGUUCUCGCUGUUGCAAUGUGUUUGACCGUUGCUCCAUUGGUUUACUUUAUAUUAUUAUUUACGCAUAUGUGAAUAGUAUAAUGUUAUCGAUCUGAAGCACUAGUGAUCAAAAUAGGUCGACGAAUACCAAUUGAUAGUUGUUUGUCAGUCAAUUGAAGCGAGGUUUUGAUGAAGGUACAGUUUGUGCGGUGUAGUUAUAAUAUGGACAAAUAUUGUGUCGAGAGUUCAUGAACCUCCACGAAUCAAACUAUGAAAACAUUUACAUUAAAGGCGUACCGGCUUCGUCUAUUGACUUCUUCAGCGCCGUUGUAUCGAAACAAGGAACCCAAGGAACAAGAAAACGAGCACAAUAUCAAUCGUUUGAAACGUUUAGAAAUAAUAGCACGUAUUUCUGAGAACAAGGUCUGAGUAGUGGAGUAUCUCCUAAAUAAAACGAAUUCAUGCAUAUUUUCCAGAACAUGUUUGCGAAUAGAUUGUUACACAAAACAUGUUCACGAAAAUAUGUAUGAAUUUGUUUUAUUUAGGAGGUACCCCAUUACUCAGACCUUGUUCUCAGAAAUACGUGCUAUUAUUUUCAAACGUUUCAAACGACUGAUGUUGUGCUCGUUUUCUUGUUCCUUGCAAGGCCAGUUCCUUGUUUCGAUACAACGGCGCUGAAGAAGUCAAUAGACGAAACCGGUACGUCUUUAAUGUAAAUGUUUUCAUAGUUUGAUUCGUGGAGGUUCAUGAACUCUCGACACUUGUGCGGUGUACUUUGCAUGUAACGCUAAAUGAACGCAGCUCAUAUUCAUGGCCAGCGAUAUUUGCAUAAUGCGCAUGCCAUAAUUGAUCGGCUGAUCUGUGCAUCGAUUUCAAUCAAAGGUGCAACGAAAACACUUAUCCAUAAGAUAUCACCUCAUUUGCUGGCAUUUGUUUAUUUAUGCGUCUCGCUAUCACUGGGUUUGGUAGGUUUAGGGUUCUCCACAAACUUAGCCUCGCCUGUGCGCGCUCCUAUCCGUCAGGUGUUCUCUCUUGCUACGUAUCUGUCUCUGUUGGGUCCUCGUCUCUCAUUUCGCGGCGUCUCAUGUAUUUGGAGCGGUCUGAAAGGCUGGCCGAUGUAGCGUGCUGUACCGUCUCAUCCACCGCUCUGCCGAACAAGUCAGCCGUUCGGUCCUCAAUGUCUACUGUACCUUCUAUUAAUUUAUCGUGGAGCAUAUACGCAUGUUAUAUCGGGAUAUAUGUAUGUGCGUUUGCGUCUGUACGCCUGUGCGUCUGUAGUGCGUGCGGCGGCGCCGGGCGGGGCUCCUCCGCGAGGCAGUUCCGGCCGGCUGGUCCGCCGCUCCUCAGUCGAAUACACGUUCAGUGUCCGCU